CACUUUGUGGAGACGAUUGUCUAUCCUGAAUAAAUCCUCUAAAAUACUAAAAUCAUCUUCAUCAUCAGCAACUUUAGUAAAAUUAAAUUCGGGAAGGAAUAAUUUUAGUACAUCAUCCAACAAAAUUCUCUCAACACAACAAAAUAAUGAUAAUAAUUAUACAGUUUUAAGUGUGGAUACAUCGGGACUUGUUCAAGAGACUUACGAUAGUACAAUAGUCAAAGAACAUGAAACUCCAAUGGUAAAACAUUUAAAAAACAAAAUUAAAGGAGCAGGACCAAUUUCCGUAUCAACAUUUAUUCAAGAAACAUUAUUGAAUCCAAUUUAUGGUUAUUAUUACACUGCAAAGAAAACAUCAUUGGACAAUUCAAAACAAAAUGUGAUCGGAAGAGAGGGUGAUUUCGUUACUUCACCAGAAAUUUCUUCAGUAUUCAGUGAAAUGAUUGGAUUGUGGUGUGUAGAUAUGUGGACAAAAUUAGGAAAGCCAAAGCAAAUAGAACUUGUUGAAUUAGGUCCUGGUAAAGGUACUUUAAUGCACGAUUUAUUGGAUAGUUUAGUUCAAUCUAAAAAUUCACCAACUAUUGAUGCUUUCAGACAAUCUGUAAAGAAAGUUACAAUGUGUGAAGCUUCAGAGGCUUUAAAGGAGGUACAAAAGGACAAACUCAAGUCAUUUACAGAAACACACGAAUUUAAUUGGAUUGACAGAUUUGACAAGUAUUCUGACUUUGAUAGUAAUAUGCCUGUACUAAUUAUUGCUCAUGAAUUCUUUGAUGCCUUACCUGUAUAUCAUUUUGAGUACACUGAAAGAGGUUGGAUGGAAGUAUUGGUUGAUAUUGAUGAUGCAAAGGAUUCACCACAUCAUUUCAAGUUUGUAUUAUCACCAGGACCAACAAUGGCAACAGCAUUUGUUAACUUGGUUGAAGGAAAGAAGGAUGUUGGUUCUAUCAGAGAAGUUUGUGCAAUGGGUAUUGGAUAUGUUGAAAAAAUUGGUGAAAUUUUGAACAAUAGAAAAGGUGGUUCAUUAAUUAUUGACUACGGAAAUGAUUAUCCUAUGGGAUUCACCCUUCAGGGUAUUUAUCAACACAGGUUUACUGAAACUCCUUUGGAAAAGCCAGGUGAAGUUGACUUGUCUACUUUUGUUGAUUUUUCAAGUUUGAGGAAGGCAGUUGAAAAAUUCAAAAAUGUUAAGGUUUAUGGACCUCAAUACCAAGCAGACUUUUUACAUCAAAUGGGAAUGGAUGCAAGAUUUGCCAAAUUACUUCAAAAUCCAAAACUUUCUCCUGAACAAGUUACAUCAAUGAUAACAGCUUAUGAAAGAUUAACACACCCAACUGAAAUGGGUCAUCACUACAAGGCCAUGGCUCUUGCCCAUUUACCAUCCAACAAGCUCACAGCCACAGGUUUCGAUAUUAAUCUCAUUCCAAAGAGGGAAGCAACCCCAAACAUGAAAUCCCAAAGAGUUGCCCCAACACCAACCAUUAUUCAUGGUAAUAAGGAGGGUGAAACAUCUAGAAUCAAACCAUCUGAUAAGAAAACUGUUCCAGCUGAUGUUGGUAUGUUCAUAUAAAUCAAUGACUUUACAAAAUUCA